UUUCAAGUUUCAACUUCCUUCUCUCGAGUCUCGCGUCAACAAAGAAAGAGAGAGAGAGAAAAAAAAAAACAUUAAACCAUUUUCACCUUUUCAGGCGUAGCGCAUGCUCCAACUAACGCAACAUAAAAUAAAAAGUUAAGUAAUCUGAAACCUCCAACUUAGCCGCCGCACAAUGACGGUGUUUUCCGCCAGGCAGGUGUUUCCGGUGGACUACGUGGCCGAAGUGUCGCAGCGCCUUCUAGAAGCCUCUCACUCCGGCGAUCUCCCCCUCGCCUUCCACUGCAUUGCCGAUCCCUCCGUCGACGUCAACUUCGCCGGCGCCGUUACGCUCAAGACCGCCGCCGCCGACCUCCUCCUCCUCCCGGAAUCCCCCAGCCAGGUCCGCCUCCACUUCCAGGAAUUCGUCUCCGACGUCUCGCCGCUCUUCCUCGCCGUCCACGCCGCCAACGCCGCCCUCGUCAGGAAGCUGCUGAGUGUGGGAGCUGAUGUAAACCAGAAGCUCUUCAGAGGCUUUGCCACGACUGCUGCAGUAAGGGAGGGUCAGUUUAAAAUUCUAGAGACCUUGCUCAAAGCAGGAGCAUCGCAACCAGCAUGUGAAGAAGCUCUUAUAGAGGCAAGUUGCCAUGGUCAAGCAGGGUGUGUAGAAUUGCUCAUGAGCUCAGAUUUGAUCCGACCUCAUGUUGCUGUACACGCUCUAGUGACCGCAAGCUGCAGGGGGUUUGUAGAUGUGGUUGAGACGCUCAUAAAGUGUGGUGUGGAUGCGAGUGCGACAGACCGGGUGCUUUUACAGUCACUUAAGCCUUCUCUCCACACAAAUGUAGAUUGUACUGCACUUGUUGCAGCUGUAAUCCAUAGGCAGGUCCCUGUUGUUGAUUUGUUACUGCAGAAUGGUGCUAGGUUAGACUUAGAAGUGAGGCUUGGAGCGUGGUCAUGGGACACUUCAACUGGUGAAGAGCUUCGUGUGGGUGCUGGGCUGGGAGAACCUUAUGACAUCACCUGGUGUGCAGUUGAGUAUUUUGAAAGAAGUGGUGCUAUACUACGCAUGCUCCUGCAACAUGUCUCCUCCAAACCUCACCAUGGAAGGACCCUUCUACACCAUGCCAUACUUUGUGGCAACGUUGAGGCUGUCAGGGUGCUCUUAGAAUGUGGUGCAGAUGUGGAAUCCCCAGUUAAAACAACCAGCAAGACAGAGUUCCUUCCUAUACACAUGGCAUCUCGUCUAGGCUUUCCAACAGUUAUUCAAUGCCUUAUUGAUUUCGGUUGUGAUUUGAACUCUACAACAGACUCUGGUGACACGGCUUUGAUGAUCUGUGCAAAAUGUAAACAAGAGGAGUGUGUCAAAGUACUAACAAAAGCUGGUGCUGAUUUUGGCUUGGUGAAUAUUUCUGGUCAAUCUGCAAGUUCAAUUGCUGAGUCAAAUAAGUGGUCACUUGGUUUUCAACAAGCAGUGUUGGAUACAAUUAGAAAAGGCAAGAUACCCAAAUCCAGCAAUACUACUUUUUCCCCUUUAAUUUUUGUAGCUCAAGCUGGGGAUACUGAAGCAUUGAAAAUUGUCAUUGAAUCUGGAGAAUUUGAUCUCGACUAUCAAGAUGAUAGUGGUUUCUCUGCAGUUAUGCAUACUGCUUCAAAUGGCCAUGUGGAUUCUUUCCGUUUGCUGGUGUAUGCCGGAGCUGAUGUAAAGUUGUGCAAUAAAUCUGGUGAGACAGCAAUAACCCUCUCUGAAAUGAAUCAUAAUUGUGAUUUAUUUGAAAAGGUCAUGCUUGAAUUUGAGCUUGAAAAGGGAAACAUCAAUGCUGGUGGAUUCUAUGCUUUACAUCGUGCCGCUCGUCGUGGUGACUUGGAUGCUGUUACAUUGCUCACCAGCAAAGGCUAUGAUGUCAAUGCCCCUGACGGAGAGGACUACACUCCGCUCAUGUUAGCAGCAAGGGAAGGGCACGCGUCCAUUUGCAAGCUUCUAAUUUCACACGGUGCUCAUUGUAAUGCCAAAAAUGCUCGGGGGGAAACUGCACUUUUACUUGCAAGGAAAUUCGCCGGAGGGAAAAACGAUGCAGAGGCUGUUAUACUAGAUGAACUUGCUCGCAAAUUGGUAUUAAGUGGUGCCUACGUUCAGAAGCACACCAAAGGUGGGAAGGGCUCUCCACAUAGGAAACAAAUGCAGAUGUUGAAAUCUUCAGGUGUGCUAUGUUGGGGGAAGUCUAGUCGGAGAAAUGUGGUGUGUUGUGAGGCAGAGUUAGGACCAAGCUCAGCAUUGCGUAGAAAUAGGUACAAGAAAGGUGAUGCAGAUGAACCUGGAGUGUUUAGAGUCAUCACUAACAAGAACAGGGAAGUGCAUUUUGUAUGUGAUGGGGGGCUAGAAGUUGCUGAGCUUUGGGUGAGGGGAAUUAAACUUGUAACCAAAGAGGCUAUUUUUCAUAAGUAGAGGUCGGUUUAAGUAGUAGUGUUAGUGUUGAUAUGGUAGGAUGUAUAGGUGUUUGAAGUGGUACUUCAACUCGAAGUACUUUAACUGUUUAUUAUUGUAAAGAUUUUGAUCUCAACUAUUGUACAUCCUUAUGUUUUUUUUGGA